GCCGGGGCGCGGGGCCGGGGGCGCCGCGAUGAGGAAGCAGAGCGCGCGCACGGCGGCGCUCGUCCUGUGCAUCCUGUCCUACCUGCUGGUGGGCGCCGCCGUCUUCGACGCGCUGGAGUCCGAGGCGGAGAGCGGCCGCAAGCGGCUGCUGGCCCAGAAGCAGCGCGAGCUCCGCAGGAAGUACGGCUUCUCGGCCGAGGACUACCGCGAGCUGGAGCGCCUGGCCCUGCAGGCCGAGCCGCACCGCGCCGGCCGCCAGUGGAAGUUCGCCGGCUCCUUCUACUUCGCCAUCACCGUGAUCACCACCAUCGGGUACGGCCACGCUGCGCCCGGCACGGACUCCGGCAAGGUCUUCUGCAUGUUCUAUGCGCUCCUGGGCAUCCCCCUGACGCUGGUCACCUUCCAGAGCCUGGGCGAGCGGCUGAACGCCCUGGUGCGGCGCCUGCUGCUGGCAGCCAAGCGCUGCCUGGGCCUGCGGCGGCCCCGCGUCUCCACGGAGAACAUGGUGGUGGCGGGGCUGCUGGUGUGCGCGGCCACCCUGGCCCUCGGGGCCGUGGCCUUCGCGCACUUCGAGGGCUGGACCUUCUUCCACGCCUACUACUACUGCUUCAUCACCCUCACCACCAUCGGCUUCGGCGACUUCGUGGCGCUGCAGAGCGACGAGGCGCUGCAGAGGAAGCCGCCCUACGUGGCCUUCAGCUUCCUCUACAUCCUCGCGGGGCUCACGGUCAUCGGCGCCUUCCUCAACCUCGUGGUCCUGCGCUUUCUGGCCGCGGGCGCCGACCUGCCCGAGCGCGCCGCCCGCCGCGCCGGCCCGCGCCGCCUGGGGGCGCCCGAGAGCCGCGGCCCCGCCCGGCCCGGCCGCCGCGCGCUCCCCGGGGGCGCCGCCUGCGUCUCCCAGCGCGUCCGCUGGCGGGAGCCGGGCGCCCGCGACAAUCUGGGCUUCUCGCCCCCCGCGAGCCCGGGGGCUGCGGCUGGCGGCCGGGCGGGCCGGGCCCGGGCGCGGCGGAGGUCCGUGUGAC